AUGGGUAUGCCCUCUGAGCAGCCAACACAAAACGAGGGACUUGCCUCUCCUUUUCAACCAGGAGGCUACGACAUGAGUGCAAUGAUGCCUGAACCUUACGAGGACCAAUACUAUCAUGAACAGCCCUUGAUGAAAUCUAAGGGCUCAUGGUUGUCUGAAGAUAGGAACUUUCAACUAAGUACCUCAAUGGGUAAGUCAUCGAGCUCUGAAACUACUCCUGUUACCCCGUCGUAUAACUACGAUAGUCAUUCUCAGUGCUACUAUGAUAGUGUCUCGUCAUUCAGGUUGCCGAAUUCAUCGAGUAGUUCAGUUAGCUCAAAAGCGAAUCGCAAGAUUAUCAAGCCUCUCGUUGCCACAGUCUUUUGGGAAGAGGAAGAUACGAUUUGCUACCAGGUCAAAGCUAAUGGAUUUGUUGUCUCGAGAAAAGAAAAAGAUAAUCUUGUCAACGGCACGAAGUUGCUCAAUGUUACCGGUAUGUCUCGAGGGCGAAGAGAUGGAAUUUUGAAGGUGGAGAAAGGCAGAAAAGUAAUCCGGAACGGUUCAAUGAAUCUUAAAGGUGUCUGGAUUCCAUUUCACCGGGCGUUAGAAAUAGCUAGAAACGAGGGUGUGAAGGAUCUCUUAUACCCGUUGUUUGUUAAUGACAUUGGCAAGUUUUAUAAAGAGGAGGGCCAAAAGCUUUACGAGGAGCUGGAUGAUGAGGGCCAUCGCUCUGAGCAGUAA